GAAAAAUAUUGGAUUGGGCAAGACUUUGAGAAGUAACGAGUGAUUGGUUGUUAAUUAAAGGCGGUGGAAAAGUGUUAAAUUCAAAGAAUGUCUGGUCCCUUCUUUUUUGUUAACACUUCUGACACAACAACAGUUGAGGAGAAACCAGAAACACAAUGUGUGGACGACUUUCAAUCGCAGACUCAAAGCGAGGCGCAACAAGCCCUAAAUACAUUUUGGCCCAAGGUUUUGGAAGAAAUAAAAUCUAUAAAAAAUAUGGAUUUAAAACAACAAGUACUACCUUUGGCCAGGAUAAAAAAAAUUAUGAAACUUGAUGAAGAUGUUAAAAUGAUCUCAGCGGAAGCCCCAUUAUUGUUUGCAAAGGCUGCUGAAAUAUUUAUACAUGAACUAACAUUAAGGGCCUGGAUUCACACUGAAGAUAAUAAACGCCGGACGUUACAGAGGAAUGACAUAGCAAUGGCUAUUACCAAAUAUGACCAAUUUGAUUUUCUGAUUGAUAUUGUUCCAAGGGAUGAUAUUAAACCAAAAGUAAGAGAGGAAAAUCCAAGGGCUACAAGUGCAGAUAGUUCAGUUCAGUAUUACUUCCAAUUGGCACAACAGCACCAUGCAAAUCUUCAACAAAAUAGUACUUCACCGACAACCUCUCCUGCCACUACUACAACUGUACCUCAGGGAGCAAUUCAGAUUGUACAGCCCCAACAAGUUCAAACUGUCCAAGUUAAUGCAUUAGAACAGACACCACAAACAAGUAGUUCACCUUCCAACACCACCACAGCUCAAACACCAGUAAUUUUACAGGGGCAAAGUAUUGCCCAAACACCAGGCAAUGUACAACUUGUCCAACAAAUUAUUACUCCUACUGGAGAAGUACAACAAAUACCAAUAAAUUUAUCACCACAACAAUUGCAAAUGAUUAAGAUGCAACUUCAAGGCAAUACUUCACAACCUGUGAUCAUACAAACAGCACCAAUAACAGGUGCUCAACCACAACUCAUUCAGGUCGCUCAGCCCAAUACAACGACACAACAACUAUUUUUAACGCAAGCAAAUGGCACCACUGAAAAUGAAUAAGUCUAAUAUUAAGUUGUGAUGUACAUAUUUGAUCUUUUUAUACAGUUUUAAGACGAAUCUGUUUAUUCAACGAUGCGACGGAGGAUUAUGUAAAUUGUGUUUUCACAUUGAUUGGAUUCUUAAACUGACUAAUAAUUUUUUAUUAAAUCAUGCAGUUUUUUUCCAUUUGAAUGAUGUUUCACAUAGGGCCAAAAGUCACAAAUUAAUGAUCCAGGGUAAAAUCUUAGUAUAUUAAAUUAAUAAUAACUUUCAAGUUUGUUACACAUAUGAAUACUUUAUCAAAAUCAAUUGAUUGAUAUAUAUGAGUAUUUAUAUUUUAUAAUGGGAUCAUGUUAUGAUGAAGUAGGCUUUUUUAAGCUUUUUUUUUAAAUAAGUGUUAUAAAUGUAUGCAAGUCGCUUAAAAAUUGAAAUUAUGCGAUUUGUAUGCUAUUAAUGUAAAAUUAUAAAACAUUUCCAAAUUAAAUUGUCAAAAAUUGUGGACAAAAGCGAAACUUUGGCGAAUUGGAUUGUACAUAGUCAUUCGUAAUUUAUCAUAGAUAAAACCAAUAAUUAAAUAAAAAUAUAGUUUAGAUAAUUCUAAGCUAUAUAUACUUGUGUGUAAGUACAAAACUAAAAUAAUUAUUUAAGCCACUACAUAAAUGGAAUCAUGUAAUUGAAUAAUGGUAAUAUUUUUCUAAAAUAAUAAAGCCAUAAUAUCACA